CUAACGAAUAUGUUAUUGUUAAAAAAUAUUUUGUUUGCAGCCUGCCAACAGCACCGAUACUCUUUACCUCGUGGGGUUAUCUGUCGAUUUGUUCAAAGGGAGGUUUACAUGCGUAAGGACAAACUAUACAAGUCGGGAAGGCGAAAUGGUCAAUCGAGAUCUGGUUUUCAACUAUACAGAGACGUUCAAGAAAACUCCCGAAGUAGAAAUGAGUUUUCCAUUUCAAGUGAAAGUGCCAAACACUCCCAUAAUGUUUAACCUUGAAGUGAAUGCGACAGACCCCGGCCUGUUAAACUACACUCAAGUACAAUCGAUGUACCGCAUAAUCUAUUACAAUAAUGUCUCCAUGGUUCUCGGGGACAAGAUGCCAACCGUAUCGGAACGAGCGAUAUGUUCACUCUGGGUGAAGGAGAACUUCACUCUAGAAAGCCAAAUUCCUGUAAUGGCAAAUUUGUCUUUUCAUACAAACUGCAAGAGUGCACAAUACCACGGAUAUCCCGAUGAGUGCGCGAAGUAAUAAGACAGUCGUGGAACACAAAUAAAUUUUUCUGACAAACACGGCAAUAGGUGUUCUUGUGGAUUGAUAUACUGCAGAAACGAUUCUGCGAAACACAACAGUUAUUUAUGCAGCUAUGCAGCCCCGCAAAAAAAAAAGAGGACUCGCAAUCAGUCGCCGUCAACAAUUGCUCCCGGCAACUGCGUCCUUAACUAGAUUGGCGACUGUUGGUCUGCUGAAAAUGUUGCUCACAGCCCUCUCCAAUUUAUUUAUUUCCGCCACUGUUCGCUGAGAAGAACCAUUGCGCUCAGUUACUAUAAUGUACCAUGGACCUCACAUGAAGGCCGCGUUUUCCGUACUGUGCAUUACAAAACCAGCCAGACUGACUAGAAGAGGCACAAAAGCAAAGACACAUAUACUUCCAACAAACCCCGCACCACUUCCACCUGGUGCUUGUCGGCUUGCACAUAUCUGC